AUGCCAAUCCUCUGGCGCGGCUUCAGCCGCGUAGAUCUUCCCUGUAACCGCACAUGGGGUUUAGUUGCUCCUUAUAAGCCCUCGUAUAGCUGCAGCCGGAGUAGGCGCAGCAGCAGCAGCUUUAGCUGCAGCAGGAGCAGCAGCAGCAGCAGCAGCAGCAGCAGCUUCAAAACGCCUUCUUCGAACCGGGGUUUCUUUGCGGAUUGCAGCUAUUUGCGUUUCUCUCUGCAUGCACAGCGAAGUCAGGGGCCCCUGGGGGCCCCCCAAUGCCCCGUAGACCCCCAACUCCUUGGGGCUCUCCAGGGGCGAACAGACUGCUGGCGGAAGUUGAAAGCGGCAGUCAAUGAUGCUGCUGCUGCUGCUGCUAGCAGCAGCAGCAGCAGGAUAGGCAGCAGCAGCAGCAUCAACAGAUGCAUCCGCAUCCACAGCAGCUACACCAGCAGCAGCAGCAGGAUUGGCACAACCAGCUGCAGCAGCAGCAGCAACAUGAAAGGAAGCAUCCGCGGCCACAGCAGCAGCAGCAGCAGCAGCAGCAAAGACAGCAGCAGCAGCAGCAGCAACAACAACGGUACUUACGUUGUGCGUGUGCCUUCUUUAGGCGAUUCGAUAACCGAAGGCACAGUAGCCAAGUGGCUGGCAGCAGAGGGCUCGGCAGUGCAUGCAGAACAAGUUUUGUGUGUGUUAGAGACAGAUAAAGUAUCUGUAGAGAUAGCAGCAAAAGCAGCAGGAAGAUUAAUUCAUAUUGCAGUACCAGUAGGCGGCAACGUCAGCGUUGGGGGUGAGUUGGCUGUUAUUGAACGCCUUGCUCCGUCUCCUGCUGCUAGUGCUGCUGCGGCUGCUGCUGCUGAUGCUCCUCCUGCUGCUGCACCUCAAGCAGCAGCAGCAGCAGCAGCAGCAGAAGGUGCACCAGCUGCUCUUGCUGCAGACCCUCUCUACCCCAGGCGACGAACCCCUUCAAUUCUCUUCAGAACUGUCCGCAACAAAUUGGAGCGCCUGGGCCUCCUUGUGCAGCAUCAGCAGCAGCAGCAGCAAGCGCAGCGGGAGCAUCACCUCCCGCUCGAACAGCAGCAGCAACACCAGCAGAGGCAGCAGCAGCAGCAAGGUGCUGCUGCUGGAGCCUCACCGCCUUCAAGUGCAGGAGGGCCCCGUGUGACAGUCGUUAGGUACACCUCAAUUGAAGAGCUUCCGCCUUUUCUGCAGCGGCCGGCACUCAGCCCGGAAGAAGUAGAAGUAAUAAAUGAAGGAGGCGUCGCUAAUGCAGACAACGCUGUGCGUGCAUGGACGGUCUCCCUUUGCUUCACUCCUGCUGCUGCUGCUGCUGCUGCUGCUGCUGGUAGUGGUGGUGGUGGUGCUGCUGCUGCUGCUGGCGGUAAAGCGGCGAAGAAGCGGGCUUCCUCUUGA